UAAAAAUAGUUACAAAUGUAUACUUAAUUUUACAUCUCUAUAUAUAUUUGCUUUUAUCUAAUGACCGACAAAGUUAUCAUUGCAGGGGGUUUAAACCCCCCUGUGACUACGCUACUGUAAGUAGCUCCAAAAAUAAAUCUGGUGAGAGAUAACAGAAGAAAAUCUAAGAUAGUUAUGGAAGUUAAUAAAGAUGAAGCAUUUCGAUGUUUAGAUCGUGCUGAGUAUUAUUUAAAAGAGAGAGAUUAUGAAAAAGCAGAAAAAUUUAUCAGUAAAAGUAAAAAACUUUUCCCUACGCCUGAAGCUGAUGAGUUGUUAAAGAAAUUGAAACUUCAAAAUCAUCAUUAUAAAUCAUCAAAAUCGACUAAUAGUAGAGAUGGACAAAAUAGUAGAAUUCCUAAAGAUGUACCUGGUAGUCCUAAAGCAGAAAAGUCAAAUAAUUUAACAUACACUAAAGUACAACUUGAAACAGUUAAGAGAAUAAACCAAUGUAAAGAUUAUUAUGAAGUUCUCAAAAUUAGCAAGGAAGCCACUGAUGCUGAGAUAAAAAAAGCAUACAAAAAAGUGGCUUUGUUAGUACACCCUGAUAAAAAUAAUGCACCUGGAGCUGCUGAGGCUUUUAAAACCGUUGGCAAUGCAGUAGCUAUUUUAACUGAUUCUGAAAAACGUAAACGGUAUGAUAUGGUUGGUCAUGAAAGAGCUACUUCAGAUCAUGUACAUAGGAGUUAUGAUCAUGGAUUUGAAUCUGAUAUAACAGCUGAACAAUUAUUUAACAUGUUUUUCAAUGGAGCCUUUCCUACCCGACAAGGUCCUAUGUCAAAUCCCUACUAUACUCGAACCUAUUCUAGACGUUGGCCGCCUGAACCAGACAAUGAUCAUCAUCACCAACAACAAGAAUCAUCCAGUAUAUACUUUCAGUUGUUACCAAUUCUUUUAUUGCUUUUGCUUUCACUUUUUUCAAAUUUUUCAUAUGAUCCUGUUUAUAGUUUAAAACCAACUUCAAAAUAUCCAGUUAUGCGGCAUACAUCAUUUAGAGAUGUUACAUACUAUGUGAAAGAAAAUUUUCAUUCUGACUAUACAGGAGAUUUAAGACGUUUGGAACAUACCAUUGAAGAAGACUAUAUAAGUACUUUGCGUUCAAAAUGUAUUCGUGAAAAAGAGUAUUAUGAAACAUUAAUGUGGAGAGCUCGUUUCAAUGAUGAUGCAAAUUUGUUCAAUCAGGCAUCAAAAUACCAAAUGAAAUCAUGUGAAGAAUAUAAAGAAUUGUUAAAAACAAAAUAUAAAUAGACUAUUUAUUACUAUUAUAAUUGUUUUUGUUUAAUGUAAGUUUUUUUUUAUGUACAGAAUUUAUACAUAAUAUGAUUAUGUAUUGCAUUUCACAUUUAUACAUGUUUGGAAAUCAAGUAGUUAAUAAUUUGUAUCACAUUAUUAUAUUACAGUUAAAUUGAUAUUUUUAGGAAAAAAGCUUGGUUUAGGUAAUUUGU